GAGCCGCCAUGUUAUUGUUGUGAACAUCAGUCGCAAAAAAGAAUUCAGUGCAUUGCGUUAGUCAACGUUUGUCGAUAUUUGCAGUACAUUGGUUAAAAAAAUAUAUAUAAUUUUAAGAAAGUGUUAAUAUAUUUGUGGAAGCAAGCCGAGUAAUUCUUCUAUUGAGAAAUUUGUAUUUAUCCUCCUCUACAUAAGUUGAAAGCUAACAAAACACACAUAGACAAAAUGUCGGAUGAAAAAACUGCUGCUGUUGUUGCUGAAAGCAAUACCACCACCAAGGAGGAAACCACCACUCCUGUCCCUGAUGCCACCGAUGCCAGUUCUACUGAAAAUCCUCCCACAUCUGAAGCUGCCCUUGAAAGAGAACGUUCUGAGAAAAUUCUCAAGGCCAAAGAACUCUACAGUCAUGGUUCACGUAAUUUCCUGGUCAAAUCUUAUGCUGAGGCAGCUGAUGAAUUGAGCCAAGUUUGUGCCCUUUAUGGAGAGUUACAUGGUGAAUUGUCCGAUGAACUGGGUAUGCCCUAUUUGUUGUAUGCCAAAUCAUUGAUUGCCUUGGCUUUGGAUGAAAACAAAGUUAUCGAUGUCCCCGAUGAGGAGGAGGACGACGAUGAGGAAGAAGAGGAGGUAGAGGCGGCUGCAACAAACGGAGAUAAGGCCGAAGAAAAUGGCACAAAAUUGGAGACAAUUAAAGAAGAUGGGGCCGUAGAUUCUACAGAGAAAACAGCAGCAGACAAGGCCAGCGAAGAAAAGCCCGAGGAAAAAUCCGAAAAAGCCUCGGCAGAAUCAGAGGUUAGCAGCACAGAAGAAAACAAAGAAAAGGCGGCUGAAGAAGAAAGCAAUAAGGCCACAAAUGGUGUAAGCACCAAUGGCACGACUGUGGUGAAUGAUGGUGAAAAACCAUCCACAUCAAAUGGAGAGACUGGCGAGGAUGCCGUCGAUGAAGAAGACGAAAAUGAGGCGGCUUCAAAUCUCCAAUUGGCUUGGGAAAUCCUGGAACUUGCUGCCAAAAUCUUUUCACGCCAAGGCGAGGCUGGUCGUGCCAAUCUAGCCGAGGUCCACACCGAAUUGGCCAACAUUGAAUUUGAGAAUAAUGUUUUGGAUUCGGCACGUGAAGAUUAUCAAAAAGCCUUGACAAUCUAUAAGGAGUUGCCCACAAACUAUCGCCGUGCCAUGGCCGAGAUCCACUAUAAAAUUGGCUUGUCUUUUUUAAUGCAACAAUCAAAUAAGGAAGGCGCUGCCUCUCUAAAGGAGGCCUGUAAACUAAUUGAGGGAGAAAUUGAGGAAAUGAAAGCCAAACCCGAUCUUAGCGACAAGGAUAAGAACAAUAUCCAGGAUAUGGAGGAAACAAAACAAGAAAUCGAAGCGAAAAUCGUUGAAAUUGAAGAAACACAGGCUCAGAACAUUGCUGAAGUGCGGGCAGCAUUGGAUAGCUACAUUAAACCCAUGAGUAGUGGAGAUGUCGAUGCUGGCAGCUCCAAGUCCGCUAACGCAACUGGAGCUGCAACUGAUGGCGGCGCUAUAUCCACAUCAAGCACUGCGGCGGCAAUAACUUCAUCCAAGCCUACAGAUAUUUCACAUUUAAUUAAACGUAAGAAGCCCGAGGAGGGUACAUCUGAAGCCGAGGCAGCUGUUGCUUGUUCACCGGCCAAGCGUCCGGCGGUAUAAUUAAAAGGCCUAGCAUAAAUUAAGUGCAUUCCAGCAGCAGCAGCAACAACAUUUGGCAAAAAAUGGCCUCCUCCCUCAACUCAUUGUAAUCUGUACCACGUUGUCCACCACAGGCCACCUUUGUAUCAACUUUUUCCUUUAAAGCUUUUUUUAACAUGAGAUAUUUUAUUUUCCUUUGUUGUGUCCAGAGACAGGACCAAACUACCUACCACAACCUACUUACACACACCCACACAUUUACAUAUAUAUAUUUUUAAGUCUUAAGUUGAAAUUGUUUUCUUUUAUCUGUUACUCGGUUGUAUCGGCAAAAUUUAUGUUCCUGCACUGAAUUCUGUUUUCUCUUUUCUUUAUGUUUUAUAAAAAAAUAUACAAAAGAAGAACUUUUACGCUCAAACUUUCUUUGCAAAUUAAGGAGUAUUUUGUUUUGUUUGUUUCAUGAGCAUUUUUCGUAUUGUAUGUCUAUGAUGCCCUCAUUGAAAAAGUUUUGUUUUAUUUUUGCAUUUUUUUUUUCAUUUUUUACUGCCAUUUUUUAAUAACUGGAAAAAUAUAAAUAAUUUCUUUUAGUUUCCUUCCCCUAAAUUUCAUCUCAAUUUUCAUGAAAUGCCCGAGAAUUUCAUUGAUAUUCAUGUGAAAAUUAGCUUCGAGACAUUUUGUUUCCCCCCGCACAUUCGAAUCUAAAGCUUGAAGCUUAAAACUCUCAUUACAAAA